AGAGCUUGUUCGAACCGUACAGUAACGAACUUUCCACUUGCUUCCUCCCAUGCAGCACCUGUCGCCGCAACAUCCCAAUUUAAAAGUCUCAACCUUUCCACAAGACCUACCGUACCACAACACAUCCAUAAUCCCAGCCGAAAAGAACCAAAACGAACCUCACCAUGUCUUCCUCUCCCAGCAACGACUUUUUGGCCAAGGCUCAGGCAGCCACACAACGUGUCGCAGCGUCGGCGGCAGUCCAACAAAAUGCAACACCCGAACAGGCAAAGAUCGUGGAGGAACUGGCGCAAGAUCGACCAACCAUUCACGCUGCUGUCACAUCCUUCUUGUCGUUGGUGGCGGCACGAUCCCUCGUGACUCCUGAUGUACAACAGCAGCAGCAGCAGCAACAACAGUCGGAAGAGGUUCCUUUGGUUCUGACCAACGCACAAGCCCUGCAAUGCAGCCGGAUCCUGUUAAAGGCUAUCAAUUCCACCACACUCUGUGCGACACCAACCAAGUCGAAAUCAACCACCACGACAAAUAAUGAAGAAGAAUAUCAAUUGGUGGCACAACUCUGGAAUGGACUGACUGCCUCGGAACAGAAACCAGCUCGAUUUUUGGGUCGUCGUGCUUUGCGUCAUGCUUGGGCGGAUAUCCAACCCGCCGUGGCCACUACCAAUGACGAUGAGAAGCUCCUGCGCUUUGUCGAAGAAUUUGGACAUCUCUUGUUCUUGGACAACAAAGGUGAUGAUGAUGAUGAUUCUGCGCUGAUAUGGGACGUGGAUGGUGGAAAAAAGGAACUGGAAAAGCGACGGGAGCGACGCCAACAACGUGCAGCCACAGCAGAGCAGCAAGAACAACAGCAGAACGAGGAAGAAAAAAAGCUACCAUUUAUUGAAGAACUGAAGGAGGAAGAAGAAUAAAUAUCCUAGCAAUCUAUUCCCGUUUGGAAAGAUUAUCUUAGCUUUCUAGGGUGCUGCCUUCUUAGCCUGUCA